CCGAAUUUGGCGGUGGAUGGCCUCGAUACGUGGCCAUGCUCGAGCCUACUUAAGGCCCCUCCUUCCUCUCUGCUUCUCUAGCUCGCUACAUCACAGUCACUACUUGCUGCAGCAGACAACACAUUCCUUUGCUUUACACGACAUCGAUUGAAAGCCACCAGCACUACUACCACAUACCACCUCGCGUCAUCAUGAAGCAAUCUAUGCUCGUCUGGGUCACUGCAGCCAUCACUCUCGCCUCUUACUCCCGUCCCGUCAAGGCAGAUCAGGAUCGCACCACGAUCACGUCAGACUACCACAACGGUGCAGGUCAUCAGCACAAUGGCGGAGGUCCAGAGUCAAGCUAUUCCCUCAACGAGAGUGGCCGCGAACAUGGCAUCAUGUACGAGGAUUCGUACGGCGGCACGUCGAUCGAGUCUCACGACAAGCGCGCAGUCCUCGGCAAAGGCGCAGGACCUCAGCCCAAGACGCUCGACAGCUCAGACGAUCAUCGCAACUAUGGCUCAGAGAUCCUCGAGCCUGCUCACGAUCGUCAGUCUCGAGUCGAUGCCGCUCCUGGAGAUACGAUCGCGGACCGAGCCGAAGCAGAUCGAACGGUCGACUCGAACGGUCACUUUGUCUAUCAUCAAGACGGUCUCAAAGCGCAUUGCGACGACAAGACGCACAAAUGCUCGUACACUGUGCACUCGCAUGAUGCAGAUCAUCUCAAGCAUCAUCACGAGAAUGGAUCUUACUCCAAGCACGCGACUGCUGCCAUCGAACAAGAUAAGGACAGUUGGACCUACAGAAGCCCGGACUAUGCCUCUGAAGCAUCAUCGCCCGCUUCGGCUCAUACCAAACGAGGUCAAAAUGGCAUGUCACGCCAAUACGACGAUUCCCGCCCGCAAGGCGAAUCCGCCAGACACGCUACCGGCUCGAGUGGUCACGUCCCAUACGACCAUCGCCUCACAACGAGCAAGAUCGACGGGCAUAGCAGUCAUGGCGGCGAUCCUUUCGUGGCAUCAGAGUACGAUAGUGACUACAGACAUGACACUUCUUCCGACACCAUAACGCAUGACAAGGAGACGCUCUCGUGGCAUCACAAGCGUCAAGAGCACUCCGGUCGCCCACGCCACGGCGGCUCCGCCGUCGGUCUCGGUUCUUUUAACUCAUAUAAUCCAAGCACUCCGGAACACGGCUACGAGGACGCACAAGUGCAACAGGAUCGAUCAGGUCACGAUGGCAACGCUCACUUCUCAGUCUCUGGCCACUAUACCUCGCAUGAUCGUCAGGAUACGUCGUAUACGUUCAAGAAUGAGCAUGACAAGCGUGCUGUAGAGCAUGGUCAGCCCGGUCAUGCGUACAGUGGCGCGUCGCUCGACUUCACUGAUGGCUACAACUCUCACAAGCCUCAAGAUUCGAGCUAUGGCUUCACAGGGCAUCACGCUCAGCGUCACGGACAAUCAGGUCAUGCAGAACCUUUCGAAUAUUCGUUCGAGGGCCACUAUGACUCGCGUCAUCCCGAAAAGUCGACGUACGAGAUCGAGUAUGAGACAAAGCACGGCAAGCACGCCCAUAAGGAGCAUGUCGUUGUCAAGGACGCUCGAGUGUGGCACGGCAAGCGCGCGCUCCAACAUGGCCAGCCAGGUCAUGCGGAGCCCAGUGACGUGACAUUCUCAGACUCGACUUCUUACCACGAUGGAACAUUCGGCCAUGGCGGCAGCUACAGCCACUCGGAAACUUUCAAGGAGCGACCCCAUAGCAAGCGUGACGCGCACCACUACGACAUCUUCGAAGUCGAUGAGCACCACCACCACCAUCAUCACGAUACCCACGAAGAUGGCAAAUACCGCGAGCAUGUCGAGAAGUGCCGCCUUGACGGUGAGAACGAUGGCAGACUCUUGUUCGACUGUCAAUCAUCUUCAAAACACACCAUGAUCAAGGUCCACAAGAAGCACAACGGCAAGCCUGGCUCGUUAUCCCAGGGUCAUAGCAGUCUGGCCGGUGUGCUCGGCGCUAUCGCAUGAGCGCUGGCCGCUUUCCCUUCGCUCUUCUCCCUCUCCCCCUCUUCGCAAUCGUUCGUUGUAAAGCGUAUGCAUUAGACACUGCUGCGGCUCAAAUCCAAU